AUGACCGUCACCACAACGGCCGUGCCGUACAGAAUCCACCUCAGGACUUUGCCGGAAAAGAUGCUCAAGUACGACGUCAGGAUAGACAGCUUGCCGCCGCAUAGAAAACAAAAACUCACCUUCACACAUCGUGUCAACAUCUCCAACAUGUUAUCCACCGGCAAUGGCAAGUUCCAGAUAUGUUCCCCCAGUCCAUAUCGUGUGGCCGCGAGAGCCAUGGACGCCGAGACCAGCGUGAACAGGCCAGCCAAGAUGAUGAAAAAGUCAUCGACGAACAGACGGCGGGUGAUGUACGCACGGCAGACAAUGCGGAGAGAGACAACCACACCCACGAGCACCAUUAAAACCAGGUUGACCUGCCAUAUCGUCGGCUUUUGGGUGGACUUGUCGCUAAGGUCGUAG